AUGCAGGGCUGGCGGCCACAGGUCGCGGAGACGUCGCGCUGGAAGGCGCCCGUGGGCUUCGUCACCACGCCGUCGGGCAUGCCGAGCUCGGACUCGGUCGACCUGGACCCGCGCGAGAGGCAGGUCGUCAAGCUGUUCGAGGACACCCGGGAGUCGGUCGUGAACGUCACGCAGCUCAAGACCGUGCAGGACCGCCUCUCGCUCGACAUCUUCAACAUCCCCGCGGGCUCCGGCAGCGGCUUCGUGUGGAACAAGGGCGGCAACAUCGUCACCAACUACCACGUCGUCAGGGGCGGGUCGCAGCUCCGCGUGACGCUCCUGGACCAGACCUCGUACCCCGCGGAGGUCGUGGGCGUCGACCCCUCCAAGGAUAUCGCGGUCAUCCGCAUCAAGGCGCCGCAGGACGUCCUGGACCGCCUCAAGCCACUGGAGGUGGGGCGCUCCUCGUCGUUGCUGGUGGGACAGUCCGUCUACGCGCUCGGAAACCCGUUCGCCCUCGACCACUCCCUCACGGGGGGCAUCGUGAGCGGGCUCGGCCGCGAGAUCAACGGCGCGGGUGCCAUGCCCAUCCGCGGGGCCAUCCAAACAGACGCCGCCAUCAACCCUGGCAACUCCGGCGGCCCGCUGCUCGACUCAAAGGGCCGGCUCAUCGGCGUGAACACGGCGAUCCUCUCGGGUACCGGCUCGUACGCCGGCGUCGGCUUCGCGAUCCCCAGCGACACCGUCAAGCCGGUCGUGGAGCAGCUGCUCAAGUACGGGCAGGUGAUGCGGCCGUCGCUGGGGAUCCGCGUGGCGCCGGACGAGGCGCUCAAGGCGAUCGGGCUGCGCGGCGUGCUCCCGAUCGACGUGCCGACGGGCAGCCCGGCGGCGCGCGCGGGCAUGCAGGCGACGGUGCGGGACCGAAGCAGCGGCGGGCUUAUCCUGGGCGACGUGAUCGUGGCGGUGGACGGGAAGGAGGUGCAGACGAUCGGCGACCUGUACGACGUGCUGGACGGAUGCAGGGCGGGGCAGGAGGUGCGCGUGACGGUGCUGCGCGGGGCGGCGAGGGGCCCGGGGGCAGGCAAGCAGGUGGAACUCAAGGUGAAGCUGGAGGAGCGGGGGACGUCGGGGGGGUCGAUGUUCGUGGAGUGA